UCUUUCCUCAGCCUCUUAUACAUCGAAUACAAAAAAACCUCUCCUCCUUCGUUCGGAACUGGCAAACACUCAAACUCUGGAGGAAACUCAAAACAAAGGGCUGGUGCUCGCCCUGUAUGAAGCCUUGAGUGCACGUGACGUGGACAAGGUCCAGCGGCUCGUAGCUCCCGACCUGGAGUGGUGGUUCCAUGGUCCGCCUUCCCACCAGUUUCUGAUGCGCCUCCUCACCGGCAAUACUGACAAAGACUCCUCCUUCAAUUUCGUCCCACAAUCAGUCGCCGCCUUUGGAUCCACCGUCCUCGUAGAAGGGUGCGAUCAGGCCCGCAACAUCACCUGGGUUCACGCCUGGACCGUCACUGAUGGGAUAAUUACCCAAGUCCGCGAGUACUUCAACACUUCCCUGACGGUGACCCGAUUCGGGGCCGCAGAUAAUCCCUCCUCCUCGAAUUUUGCCCAGAUUACCUCUCUCCAUUGCCCAUCCGUUUGGGAGAGCAGUCUCGCUAGCCAAGUCGGGAAAUCCGUGCCCGGUCUCGUCCUGGCUAUUUGAUUAAAUUUGGAUUGGGUUGUGAUCUCCUGCUGCUGCACUACUAAUUUAUUAGUAGUAUUAUCGUAAUAAUUAAAUAAAAAAAGGAGUAGUACGAGGUGCAACCACGCUUAUUGUGGUUUGAGUCAGUCCCAUAUGGGCUGAAGUGGUGGCGGUAACCGGUAAAGUUGUGCCUUACGUCUGCGAAGAUGUAGCAUCGACGGUCGGGAUCGCUUUUCACUUUUCAGCGCGUCGUUUUUAGUCCCUUUAAAGUGCGUGUUUGCUUUUGUUCUGUUCUGUUAUGUCCUGUUCAAGGGCGUAUAUUAUGUUUGAGUCCAUCAUGACUGGGAAGGGUUCCUGGUAUUUGGUCUCCGAUGACGUCACUCCUAUAUGGUUUGUUUGCCUUUGCAAUAAAUGUUGUUGGAUUUGUUUGCUUGAUAA